UUGGGGCCGUUGGCUGAGCGGUGAUUGGCAGGCGGAGCGGGGGUGGCUCCCUUUCCUCUGCCUGAGGAGCAAGAGCGGCCGCCAUUGUCGCCUCAGAGAGCAGCUGGAGAAGGAGGAGAAGGAAGAAGGCAACGACGACGACAGAGAAAGAAGCGAGCGGUCGGGCAGCGCCGCGGCAAGCCGGUUGUGUUUCGUCGGGCGUUGUCUUGGCUGCCCAAUGUGAAGGAGGACAAUAAAAGAAUAACAUUUUUACAACAGUGAAGAGAGAAAUCAGAAAUGAAGAAAACACGUCUUUGGCUGCCUAAAGUGCAGUUCAUGGUUCAAGGAAAAGGUCAUGGUUAACAAAAAGCAUGGCUUACAUGAAUGCACAGGAUUAUCUGUAGGGAGAAAAUGGACUCAAAGCCGUCAAGAAUUCCACGAGCUGCUCAACCAUCCAGUUCUGGAAAUACUAGGACAGGAAUUGGAAGUGGAGGAACCAGUUUAACAGACUCAUAUCGUAUAAGAGAGUCUCCACUGAGACCGGAAGCUAUAUGCCAGGAAUCUAGCAGACUUCAUAGUUCCAGUAGAGGAGAUUGGGCAGUUGGAGAAAGAGAAGUAUAUGAAAGCCGAUGGAAGCUUCCAGCUUCUUCUCCAACGCGCUACUCAGGAACACUUGAUCGUCCAUGGUCUGGAAGAUUCUUGGGAAGCAGAAACAGAUUGUCUAUGUCAUCAUCUUCGCCUCUUACAUCUUCAUGGUUUGGUGAAUCUGAAAGAACUCAGGGAGCAUAUUCUUCAAGGCUACAUAACCAGCAACAGGAUACUGAUUCUAAGAGACCUAAGCUUUCUUAUGCAUCUACCUCCAGUGUGAGAAGUAAUGGUUUAAAUACAGUUUCAGAUUCCUCAUGGCGGUACAGUGAUGUGCCCAGAUCUUCAUCUAUGGUACUUGGAUCAUUAGGAACUGAACUUGUGAGAGAGAGGAGAGAGCUAGAAAGAACAGACCCGUCUGUUAGUAGUCUUGUGGAUUGUAGUCACAGGAAUGGUGAUUUCCCAUCAUCAUCAUAUCUGCAAGAAAGAUCAGCUUCUUCAUAUGCACAGGGAGCAAGACCAAAAGAAACUUCAUUGAGCUCUUUGAGACUGAACACAUCCAUGAACCGCCAGUUGCCUUCUGAACAUCAAUCAUCAUUACUGUCUAGAGACCAUAGCUGGAAUUCAAGAUCUAACUAUAUCCCAAGAGAAUUAGAGUCUUCUGAAAGGAAUAUACAGCCAGAAUUUACCCAUGGUGCAGUGAGAAGUGGAAUCAGUUCCUUGAGUGGUUCUGAAAGAGUUACACCGUCUCAAAGGUCACUAAGCGAGCCUCCGUCUGAUAAUGAAGGAAGACGUUCAACAAGGCAACUACUGUCUCGUUUAGCUUCCAGUAUGUCCUCCACAUUUUUCUCUAGGAGGUCUAGCCAAGACUCUUUCACUUCCAGGCCUGAAGAUUCACCCAUUCCAAGAGCUCACAGUACUAUCCAAGCUAGUGCAACCAGCACAGGUACCACUUCUGAAGGUACAGAAGCUCAGACUCCUGAUGUUGCUCAGGGAUUUAGCUUUCUUAGAAGACGAUGGGGCCUGUCAGGUGUUGCCUCAAAUCAUAAUACUGAUUCAGAAACUGAAAGCUACAGGCAUGAGUCUGAAAGCAGAAAUACAGGUUCCUGGCUAUCAUCUUCUCUCAGGAACAGAUGUACACCUUUGUUUUCCAGAAGGAGGAGAGAAGGAAGAGAUGAAACUGCAAGGACCUCUACCUCUGAAGCACCUCCAAGAUCACUACAUCUUUUUAGGAGAAGAGAGUCUGGUGGGGAGGCAUCUCUUGAAGCACAAAGUGAAUCCAUCAGGCCUGCUGCUAGGCCGCCAACACCUGCAGUGCCUAAUGGUGCUACAUCUGUUGCCUCAGGGCAUGAUUCAGUGCAUGGUAGAAGGAAUUCAGGAAUAUCAGGGAUGUUUCCUGGCUCACUUUUCCGGUUUGCAGUGCCCCCAACACUGGGGAACAAUCUGUCUGAUAAUGUUAUGAUAACAGUAGAUAUUAUUCCUUCAGGCUGGAAUAAUCAGCCUGAUGGACAAGACACUGACAAGUCUAAAAUGCCACCUUCAAGAGAUCCUGAAAGGCUUCAGAAAAUUAAAGAGAGUCUCCUUUCAGAGGAUUCAGAAGAGGAAGAGGGAGAUUUAUGUAGAAUUUGUCAGAUGUCAUCUACAUCUCCUACUAACCCUUUAAUAGAACCUUGUAAAUGCACUGGGAGUCUGCAAUAUGUUCACCAGGAUUGUAUGAAGAAGUGGCUGCAGUCCAAGAUAAACUCAGGCUCUUCAUUGGAAGCAGUUACUACUUGUGAGCUGUGCAAGGAGAAGCUGCAUCUCAAUUUCGAUGAUUUUGAUAUCCAUGAGCUUCAUAGAGCACAUGCAAACGAACAAGCAGACUAUGAAUUUAUCAGUUCUGGGCUUUACCUUGUAGUGUUGUUACACUUGUGUGAACAACGCUUUUCAGAUAUGUUGGGGACUACAAGUGAGGCCAACACACGUGUCCGGUUUAUUAAUCUUGCGAGAACUCUUCAGGCACACAUGGAUGAUAUUGAAACAGCUUCCGAUGAUGAAGAUUCUGAAGAUGGUGAUUUCGGUAGAACUCUUGAUACUUCAUAAUUGCAGAUGGAAGGACUGGGUAUUCAACAGACACACAUAUCACCAAUAUACUUCUGUUUAGUAAAAUACACUGAAUAUUACUAGAUUUCUGAAGCAUUGCUGAGUUCAAAUAUCUGCUGUUGCACACUGAUAUCCAGAGAUCUGAAUAUUCAGUCUGCACUUCUUUGAGAUUAAUGACAUGUAUGCCUUUUAAAAUACCAGAUUUUUAUGUGUAAGGAUUUUUUUUCUUUUGUAUAAAAUUCUUACAAUAAUCAGUUAACAGUUCUGGGAAACAUUUCUCAAGUUGUGUUCUUCUGUUGGCUAAGUUGUAACAUUAAGCGUGUUUGCAAAUCCAAGUCACGGGGAGGGGAAUAAUUCCAUGUUAGCCUUCAGUUUAAAAAAACCGCCUUUGGGAAGUAGCAAAAUUUUGCUUCCAGUGUUAACAACCUAGAUUGAAUGAGGGAAUGAAUGGGUUCUGUGACAUUAGUGUUAAGUUUCUUUUUUUUUUCUUGGAAUGAUUAACUCAAAGCAAUAAACUUGCAAGGGGCUACUAAUAAGCGUUAAUUAUGGCUUUUAUAAGUAUUGAUUUAAAAACUGCGGGUUAUAUUUGAUAAUAUUAUUAUGUAGAUGUUCCAGCUGUAAACACUGGCACUUCAGCAUUCCUGGAAGGAAUAAAACAUGGUUUAGGACUUAACCAAACUAUUUAUCUUAACUAAUCUUUUUUAGAACCCACAUUCACUGCUGAAGCACUUAUUAUCAGUGUGUUUUCUAUGUUGUCACUUGUUGAAUAAAAAUUACAGUGCAUAUAA